AUGUCAGCCACCGGUCAGAAACUCAAGGUCGCUGCCAUCCAAGCUGAACCCGCGUGGAAUGAUCUUGAAGGAGGUGUCAACAAGUCCAUCGCACUGAUUGAGCAGGCUGCAGCGCAGGGUGCCCAGGUCAUCGGCUUUCCUGAAGUCUUCAUCCCUGGCUAUCCAUGGAGUAUCUGGGCCCAUGGCCCGAUUGAUAAUGCAAGCUUUAUGGACGAGUACUUCCGUAACUCCUUGGAACGGGACUCUCCCGAGAUGAAGCGUAUCUGCGCCGCCGUCAAGGAGGCCGGUGUCUUCGUUGUCCUUGGGUACAGCGAACGAUACAGAGGCACGCUCUACAUCGCCCAGUCCUUCAUCAACGAGAACGGUGUCAUCGUUCACCACCGCCGCAAGAUCAAGCCCACCCACGUCGAACGCGCCUACUACGGCGACGGCCAAGGCGAGAGUCUUCAGACUGUCGUGCCCAGCACCAAGCUCCCUGACGUGCGCAUUGGAGGCCUCAAUUGUUGGGAGCACACUCAGACCCUCCUCCGUUACUACGAAUACGAGCAGAAUGUCGAUGGUGCCUGCUAUGUUGCUGUCGCCACUCAGGUCAUGACUCGGGACAGCUUCAAGCGCUGCAGAGUCGAUAACUUUGCUUACGCCAACAACCACCCUGAGCACGGCGGUGGUUUCAGCAUGAUCUACAACCCUUGGGCCGAUGAACUUGUGGAGCGUCUGGAUCCUAGCAAGGAGGGCAUCCUCAUCGCUGAGGUCGACUUGUCUUUGAAGCGACUGGCCAAGCAAAAUCUUGAUGUCGUUGGGCACUACUGCCGACCUGACCAGCUUAGCCUCCGUGUCAACAAGCACGCUGCACGUGCCGUCCACUAUGCCGCGGAUCCAUGA